AGGCAAAUCAGGGAGGGAGUUAGGGGAGACUUUGGGAAGAAGUCAGGGAGGAGUCUGGGCAGGUCCAGGAACUACUUGGCAGUACCUGAAGUCAGGCCGGAGAGACCCGCUGGAGGAGGAGGACUCAAGGAGGCAGACCUUUGAGCAGGUGAGAUGGCCGAGGAAUGCUAUACAGAGCUGGAACAGGCGAUCCAAGUCCUGGUGGUGAACUUUUACAAAUACGUUUCCAAGCACAGCCUCGUUCGGAACAAGAUCAGCAAAAGCAGUUUCCGAAAAAUGCUGCAGAAAGAACUCAACCACAUGUUGACAGACACGGGCAACAGGAAGGCAGCUGACAAGCUCAUUCAGAACCUGGAUGCCAACCACGACGGUCGGAUCAGCUUUGAUGAGUAUUGGACCUUGAUAGGUGGAAUCACCAGCCCAAUCGCCAAUCUCAUACGCCAGCAGGAGCAGCAGACCAGCGGCUAGCAGCACUUUUCUCCUUCUCUAGAGCCUCCCCCUCCCCUCCCCUCCCCUCCCCUCCCCUCCCCUCCCCUCCCCUCCCCUCCCCUCCCCUCCCCUCCCCUCCCCUCCCCAUUAUACCAGGGCAUUCUGGCCUUGAACUUCAGUUUUUCAGGCUGCAGUCUUCUUCCAGGCCUUGCUCUUUCUCACCUUCCCCUUUCCUCCAUCAACUGUUCAUCUCAUCCCUAAUGAAUUGGGGGAGGUUGAGAUAUUCUGGGGACCCCCCUUUGGGGAGUCUCAGGGUCCCUUCCACUUCACCACUUUGGCCACCUCCUCCCCUCCUUUCCUUGGCUGUGUUUAGCUGAAAUAGUCUCUGGGUCUCCUCUUGGUUGGAGGCUUUGAUGACUCCUGGCAUCUUUAGUGCCAGCAGCAUCAGCUCAUUCUCAAACCCUCUGUCCUCAGUGAAGUGGGAAUAAAGGAAUACCUGGUGGGGGGGACCCUCUGCCCCUUAGCCUAUUAGUGACCCCAGAAGAGGCUUCUGCCUCACCUCCUCUUCUCUAACAUUUUUCAAUAAAAGCCAGAUUUGGAGUCUAAACGCCCCUCA